AUGACUAUAAAUUAUUUAUCUCAAAUAAUUGGUUCAGAAGAGGAUGCUUUGCGUUUACUUGUUGCAAUUUUGGCUUGUUAUCCUUUAGCUAUUAUUUACCGAACAUUUAUUUAUAAAUUACCCGAAAGAUUUCAACAUGCAUUUUUUGUGGUUACUGGUAUUUUGCUUUAUUUGUUUUUUUGUGGUUUGUUUUUUUUAAUUUUUUGGAGGGGAAUUUUUUGAAUCUUUAUUCAAUUUCAAUGAAGAGAAUUUAAUGAAUUGGACAUUUUUGACCCAAAUGGGCAUUUUUAUUAAUAUUUUUUAUUUGGUGGAUUUUUGGGGGUCUUUGAAUUUU